AUGGCGACCAACAGCGCGCGGGGAAAUCCCAUCGGCGCCAGCGAGGGCCUCGCGGAGAACACAAGCAAGCCCUCGCUGCCUGCCGACACGAUACCGACCGAGACGAAGCGCGAUGUCGUGAACGCCCCGCGGUCUAGCACCUCAGCCACGCAUGUGCCCGGGCCUGACGGCGACGUGCCGACCGAAGACUUGCCCCCGAAACGGUCGGUGAGGAUGGAACAACAACUGGGGACGGAUCGCGAUCAAAUCCAAAAAGCCGCCGAGCUUGGGUCCAAGUAG